UUUCUAAACGGGGACCAGCCGGUGUAAUGACAUGUUAUGCGUCUGUGUUCCUUAGGUUCCCCCAAUGUAGUGAAGUUGGAGGAUAAAUCUCCAAACCUCCAGGCCCUCAAACCUGUAAAGAAAGAGCCAGACAGCAGAGCCCAGGGCUCUAAGAGCCCACACAACGGGUUGAGGAAGGAGGUGAAGAUUGGAAGGAACAAUGGGAGUGGAUCUCGUUCCAGAACUCGCUCGCGAUCACGCUCCCCGCGCAGACAUUACAACAGCCGACGCAGUCGUUCUGGGACCUACAGUUCUCGUUCCCGCAGUCGCUCUCACAGCCGCAGCCCCUCACCCCGACGACAUCCGCCCUCCCCCCUCCUCCCACAUCUCAAGUCAAAGCCCGGCCACCAUGGCAACAUCGACCCCAAGCCAUCGAGUCGUCAUAGCAGCAGCGGAGGAGGGGCUCACAAGAGGAAGAGGUCCAGGUCGCGCUCUGCCAGCAAGGGAGAGAGGGAACGGGGGAGGGAGCGGGACAGAGAUCGCAGCACGUCAGACCUCUCCUCGGCCAAGAAGCACAAGCACGAGAGAGGUGGGCCUGGGGGAGGACAUCACCGUGGAGACAGGAGGGAUCGGUCCAGGUCGUACGAGCGGGAGCGCACCCACAAGGGCAAACGCCAUAGCAGCAGCGGCGGACACUCGGGUCACGGGCGCCACCGCCGCUGACCAGGGUCGGGAGGAGGAACCUCCGCUCCUUAAUGCAGUUUUGUCUAUUUUAUUUUUGUUCUGCUUUCCCAAUCCUUCCAUUCAAACCUUUUUUUUUUUUAGUUUAAAUGUAAAAUGAUGGACUUGGAGAGAACAUAUUUACAGUGUAAAGAUGGUUAACUGCUGAUUUAUUGACAAUGCUUUGAUUUAUAAAAGCGACACUUCAGUGGUAGAAGGAAUAAAUGUGUAUUCAACAAUAAAAGAAUCAUUCAGGAAAGACGUCAAUAGUUUUUUUGCUCAGUGGACUGAAGGAGACUUCCGGGUUCUAUGUGUUGGCUCAUUCCAUUGGUCAAAUGUGCGUUCGCUAAAACAGUGUUCUGUACAGAUGCAAAGGACCUACUGGGCUUCUCUAGAAAUAUACCUUUUUUUUUUUAACAGCUGGAUUGCAGACUCUUGAUUUCAGAACCUUUUUUUUUAGGAUCGUGGUGAAUUUGUUACACUGGUUUUUAGUCUGCAUGUGUUCAUGUCUGAUUUUUACACAAAUAAAAAAAAAUGAAAGAAGAAAACAA